AUGUUCGGAACGUCACCACAAACUUACCUCGAAUAUCUUUUGGCAAGUGUCGGAUUCGGUGUCGGCUUCGAGGGAGAUAUGGAGCCCGUCGUAGAGAGAUUUCAGGAGCUGUACAAGAAAUGGAGCGGAGAAGACGCUAACCUAGACGAAAAUACAGUUCCCUCGAUGGAUAUGCUCUUCAAGCGACCCACUACGGAUGACCGUGCUCGCUUCAUGCCCGCAAGCGGGAACGAUCCGAGUCCUGGGCAUACUUGGGAGGUGGCAAAUCCGUUCAUCUUCUUCUGGGACGUUCGCGGCAUUGAGGCGGAAGAGGUUCGGCUUUGGCUGGAAAAGCCAGAGCAACACCUACGCAAAGGGGCAACGCUAUCAAUCGCUUCCCAUAUUAUGAACUACGAGCGCCUACACGAGUUGCGCGGAAUGGGUGCUCGUGAGUAUUUAUGCCACGUCUUCGCGAACGGGGGACUGUCGGAUCACCUAUUCGAAGAUCUAAGCUACUGGAAUCAACUUGCAAGCACGUUCCGUUAUCUCUGUGGAAAAUGGCGCAAUGGCGGAUUUUGCGACCAGGACACCUGA